AAUAUCGGUCAAGUUCAAUCCAAACCACAGAGAUGUAAAUGUAUAGUUCAUAGUUAACGCAGGUAGCAUAAUAUUUGACGUUAUUAGUCAUUCUCGUUCAGUUCGCCCAUCGACAUCGACUCGUAGCCGCGUACUGGCAGAAGGGCCAGCCAGUGUAUAUGUGUCAUUGUAAAAGUGUAACAAUUUCAAUAUGGAGGAUAUCCCAGAGCAUUUACAAACCCUCCUCCACAAGAUAGCUAAAGAGCAGAAGUUCCUUGAGUACGUGUUAGACAUCAAGCCGAUCUCAAGCGGCGGCGCGAACUACACGUCGCGGCUGUACGCGGUGAGCGUCACGGAGCGCGCGCGCACGCUGCGCCUGUUUGUGAAGGUGGCGGCCAUCGGGGAGAAGAUGCGCGCGCAGGCGCCAAAAGUGUACGAGACGGAGCGCUACUGCUACACACAGCUCGUGCACAUCUACGAGCAACUGCAAGAGGAGUAUAACGUACCGCCUGACCAGCGGCUGGCCUUCUGCCAGUACUACGGCUGCAACCCCGUGCGCUUCCAGGAGACCAUCGUGCUGGCCGACCUGGUGACGGACGGCUACGAGUCCUACGACCGCUUCCGCUCCAUUGACUGGCCUUACGCGGAAGCUGCCGUUACAGAACUAGCUAAACUGCACGCCACGUCCAUGGCUUACUGGAAAUAUUAUCCUGAUGACUUCACCACAAUGUUAGAGAAAGUGCGGUUCGAUUGGGCCUUGGAUGACCCUGGUCUGGAGAAGUACUUGGAAGGCAUGACUGGUCGAGCUCUCACCCAUGUCGCAAAGGAACACAAACCUAAGUUGGAGAAGUAUUUCAAGGAGCUGGACGUGGAAGCGUUCGCGUCCGCGUUCAGGAGCAGUCGACGCCAGGUGGUGGGACACGGCGACUACAGGCCCAGUAACCUCAUGCAUAAGAUUCUCAACGACGGCAAGGUGGACAUCAAGAUUCUGGACCUGCAGACCCUGCAGCGUGGCAGCCCGGUCACCGACCUGCUGUACUUCAUCUUCACGGGGUCCGACGAGCAGUUCCGCGCUAAGUACUUCGACCGGCUCGUGGAGCACUACUACUCGCAGCUCAGCGCCUCCAUGAGGAGGCUGCACCUCAACCCUCACGAGAUCUUCUCUAAGGAGGACUUUGACGCGGAACUUAAGGAGAAGCUGCCGUUUGGUCUGACUCUGGCCACGUUCUCGCUGCCAGUCAUCACGGUAGACACAGAGGACGCUCCGAAGGUCGACGAGACUCUUGAAAUCUCCAGCUUCAGCACGGGGAAGACCAACGACCUUUACAGCGAGCGCCUCAACGGGGUCGUCAAUGACUACGUUAGGUGGGGCAUACUCAAAUAAUCGAAAAAAAACUUUUUAAGACAAUUAUGGACGGUUUCUGAACACUUUGACUUUGAUUUCGACUAUGACUAUGACUUUGACUUCGAUUAUGACUUUGACUUCGACUAUGACUUUGACUG